AUGACCGAAGAUAGACGAGGGAUCACAGUUCUUCACCCUCCCACACUCAAAGGGUAUAUGGGGGGGAAGAGCUCUUCUCAAGAUGGCUUUCUGUUUGAAGAACGAACCACAGUUGACUGUCGCAGUUUGGUUGCCAUCCAUGGCUUGAACGGGGACGCCAUCGAUACCUGGACACACAAAAAAACAAGGAUCAUGUGGCUCAAAGACCUACUACCUGAAGCUCUGCCUAACAUCCGCAUAAUGACAUACGGAUAUGACGCUCGCUUCAAGAGUUUUACCGCCCAACAAGACAUGCGCACUAUAUGCUCCAAAUUACUUACUGAGCUUGUUGACUUCAGGUCUACGCAAGAGGCAUUGUUGAUAGGUUGCUCUGAGGAGGAAGAACAAGUGCAGAAAUCUGUUUAUGCGAUGCUAUUCCUUGGAACUCCGCAUAAUGGCAGUAGUCUUGCAGGAAUGGGAAAGCUUGUGGCAAACAUCCUUUCCGCGUGUUCGCCGUUGAGACCCCCACGUACCUUGAUAGGGACACUGCAGAAAGACUCCGAGGUCCUACUGGAAAUUACCCAGGAUUUCAUUAAGAGGAGGAAGCAAGUGCAUAUUGUUUCCUUUUAUGAACUGGAAUUCACAUCCAUUGGUCCAUUCUUGAAAAAGCUGAUUGUCGAACAACAGUCUGCUGUUUUGAAUAUCCCUGAUGAAAUCACUAUUCCGCAAUUUGCCGACCACCGCAAUAUUGUCAGGUUCCGAUCCCACCAAGAUCGCUCUUUUCGCCCUGUGAUGUCCAGAUUAAAACAACUGGCUGAUAAAUUGCAGCUUGGCUUCACCGAGCAGGGGCAGACGCAGACGCAGACGCAAUCAGACCCCGAGUCGGGCGGCUCGGGAACGACCCAGACAGCUUUGCACUACAUUUUGCAAAAUAUGUCGACGUACAGCACAGGCGUGGUUUUCCUGAACGCAACAUCGAGCGUCUCACUUGGAGCCGAUUUUGAUCGCCUACAUGACAUUCUCAAUCUCGGAGAAUCAAAGAAUAAGAUUAAUUCAGUUAAAAGCUGGCUGUCUAAGCCUGAAAACCGCCGGUGGAUCCUUGUUUUCGACAAUGCUGACGAUUUGAAUUCAGUGCAAAUUCACAAGUAUUUGCCCUCUGUCAACUGGGGACAUGUCUUGAUCACCAGUUGCGAUCAAGCGGUGAUUGGCAGCAUAGCCGAGGAGGGGCACGUGUUGAGCUCGUUGGCAAGCGAAGAUGCAACCAUUUUACUUCUCGAGAGUUCUGGGAUCGAACACCCUACCUAUCGUGAUAAGGAAGAGGCAAAAAAGAUUGUGGACCUUCUUGGAUCUCUUCCACUUGCUUUGGUGCAAGCAGGGGCGUUCGUGCGCUCAAGGCGUAGAAGCCUGAGAGAAUAUCAAGAUUUAUAUCUUACUCGUCGGAAUGACUUAUUGCGCUUUUCACCACGACUUGGAUUCGCUGAUAGAGCAGUUCUGACAGCGUGGGAAAUCAAUUUCAAGCAGGUAGAACAAGAGUCACCCGCCGCAUCUUCUCUUCUCCUUCUUUUCUCGUUUCUUGAUCCGUCAUCAAUUCCUGAGAUGGUUCUCCAUAGAGGCUCAUCUCCGCAAAAGAGAUGGGGGGAAAACGGCGAAGUAACAGAAGUUCGUGCGCAGGAUGAAGGCGUCGACGAAUAUUUGACAAAAAUCAUACAAGGUGAUCUUGAAUUUGAUACAGCUGUGGAGAAAUUGCUUUCUUUUUCACUUAUAUCCUGUAACAAGGAAAUGAAUGGUUUGAGAGAAUUCUCUAUCCACCCUUUGAGUCUGAUGAUGAUCCGCAGGAGUGUAAAAUUUGGGAGAAUCCUUCUACCUCACUUACAUCGCGUUCUUUCUGAAUAUGACGCUUUAUGUGUCGAUCGUGGAAGCGAGUUUCCCUCCUUUCAACAUGAGCUUGCCUCAACCCUUCUCGCCGCAUCGCGGUUCUCGCACGCGGAGUGGAAGCUUGAAGCACUCAGUCGUACCAGGAAGUUACUGGAAGAUAACGAUGACCCUUUUCUAAAUGCCUGGCUCGUAUACCGGGAAAGUUCAUUAACAAGAAUGUCCGGAAUGUCGAAGGAGUCCGAGCAUAUUUUGGAGAGAUUUUUGCGCCAAGGCGCAACGUAUGGCCGGGAAGAUUCAGAUUUGACUGCAAGAUUCAAUGCACAGAGAGGAGAUCUCAUCAUUUCUUUCGCCGAGAAUUUGAUUCGUGAAGGGAAGCUUACUGGAGCGAAAGACGAAUUGGUCGAGUGGAAGUCGUUGGGUACGGAGUACUCUACCCUUGAGAGGAUUGUCUCAAGAGCGCGUGAUAUCACUUUGGGAAAGGUGCUCCGCUACCAGGGUUUGUUUAAAGAGGCACUUAGACUACUCGAGGGCGUUCUCCGAGACAGUCUGUUUGAUGAAUACUUUGAGGGCACAGACUGGUAUCGAGUUCUCCUCUCCGGGGUGGCAGACCUUUAUUGCGAAAUCGGUCAGCCUGUUGUUUCCGAAAAUCUUCUGUUGCAAGAAUUGACCGCAAUGAGAGAGAAUGGAAUACAAGACAUUGCCACGGGGAGAAGACUACAGAUGUCACUUGCAGAGACCUACCUUCAGCGCAAAAUGUACAGCGAAGCAGAGCCACUUCUACUUGACAUCCACCGUGUAGUCUUGUCCUCCGGCAUGCCGGACUACAAAGCUCAAGUUAACAUUUUCCGAAUCUGGGUCUCUCUGGCAAGGAUUUCACAUGAGCAAUCUCAAUGGGAGAAGGCUAUAUCACGGUGGAGAGACGCAUUAGCAGUACUGGGUCGUCUCAAGCUUAAUAGAGGGUUCAAUGCGAGUAUUGUGCGCUGCUCAAUAGCACAUGCUCUGUUGAUGACCGGUCAUACAAUGGAAUGUACAGAUAUACUUCAAGAGGCGAGGACAGAUAUGUCAUCAGAACCUCGGGUAUUCUGGAUCCCGCUGUUCAAUUCAAAAUGGCAUGACUUCAUAAUUGACAGUUUGAAACAUGUCAAUGUGAGUUAG